ACAAGGUAUUGCCGAAGAUGGAAACUCUCACGCGUGAGACUAGCGAUUGGCGGCACCGACUCAUUUGCAAAUCGUCAUCGUCAUAAAUCCUCACCCCUCACGCGCGCUAUCAGCUUCGGAUGCCUCACGACCGAGAUGCACACCACAUCUACAUAUACGCCACAGCCCUUUGACUAGCCAGCCCAGCCGUCAUGCAAGCCCGCCAUGGAAGCCCAGCAGCAAUUUAUCCGCCUUGGUUUGGACGAAGCUCUCGACAUACAUGACGACCACCACUAUCACGACGAAGAGUUGCCUAACUAUGAGGCUUCGACUGCCCCUGCGUACGAUGAUGGCGAUCACGUUGGACCUUAUAAGACAUUUCACUUGAGACGAUACGAUCGGAGGAUACAGAUGCUUGUAGCCUAUGGACCAUCUACGAAUUCAGCAUUUCGAAUCACGACGAACACAUUCCGGCUCUUCUCCAAGAAGCCAGAAAUGGAGGUACUAUACACGGGCGAAGGCCGCAUGCGAACACUAGCAGCCAUAUCGUUCGACGACGACGGUCCGUUGCCCUGGCGGCCGCGCGCGCACUUCAACCAUACCGAUUCAGAGGGGCUGGCGGAGAGGUUCGACAUGGAGUCGCGCAACUUCGCCGAUUGGGCGUUCACAAUCAGAGACAAAGUGUACGAGUGGAGACUUGGCAUGUGGCCCAUCUCGCUGGAGCUGAGCGAGAAGGACUCGACGCUGGUCAUCGCGCGCUUCACAUACUCUGACCGAGGGACCUUGGCUGUGCGAGGAGGAGAGGUUGGCGAACUGGUCGUGUAUCGUGAUGGCCUGACGAUGCAAAGAGACGGGAUUGGGAAGGUCGUUUGCAGCUUGAUGGUAGCGUUGAAGCAGCUGCAAAAGCUUGGACGACACUACCACAACGAUGAUGCAACGAGAUCGAGGACAAACUCGAUGGUGAGGGGGCCACGAUCAGAGCACCGGGCAUCAUCUGCCGGUUUCUCAGUUGUUUAAGACUGCGAUGAUGUGUCGUUUGAUAUACCCGUGGUGUUUGACUGAGGAAGCGUGUUUACCGCAUUGCUGAGAUGGCACAAGAGAGGUAGUUUGAGACAGAUUGGAACAUACGAACGGCCAAGCAUUGUUAGCGAUAAUGCGACUCUGGUGGAGUAGUUGGUAGAUUGAUUGGUUCAACGUCCUAUGUGAGUCUGAGACUAUGGAAGACGAGAGUAGUUGGUAGAGGCUGAGGGGAGAUGGAACACUCACAUGCCUUGGCAAACAA